AUGUCACUCCGCAAUCAAACCGAUGGAUACAUGGUGGUACGCCCCGAGCUGACAAAGCACGACAUACACAAAGUGUCCAUCGUCCACUUCUCUUUCAGGACCAAGAGUAUUGAUAGAGUCGAUCUAAUACCGCAAGGGCUCGACAGCAACACAGCUCCUCUAUUCACGGCCCUCUCCGAACUUCACAGCGAAACUUCUUGUGUAGUCGUUUCUCGAGAAAGACAUCUUUACAGGCUUGAUUUCCCCAAUGCUCUGGAUAGAGACAGGCCAAGUCAACUGCACAAGAUCAUUGACAAAUAUCGCAUUCUAAAAAUCAUGGUCAACAAGAAAGACGAAAAGCUCCUCGCUUUCGGAACGAAACGUGCGAGCCAUAGAAUCAUCCUAAUGGAGAUCGGUAUGCCGAAUGCCAAAGAUCCUGUCGGCGUAAAAGAACUGGUGCAACUCCCCGGGCUGUCUGACUACGAUGAGUUCACGGUCAGACUAGUCGACGUGGAGGCCAGUCGUCACGUUCUGGUGGCUGCGCUUGUUGAGGGGAACCGUUAUGCGAUACACAAGAUCAUCCUCUCUGGUCUGCAGCCCUCAUCAACAUUUCGCUCUUCCUAG